AGGUGCAACAACCCUCCCUCUGCUGUGCGUCUGACUGACGCAGUAAAUGUUUGUAGUGGGAAGCUGUCAGUUUGUUAAAAUCUGUUUAUCUGAGUGAAUGAGCUGCUGACAGACUUUUGUUUCUACUGGAAAAACAUGGCUGACGAAGCUCCUCUGCAGCUUUUACACAGCGAGCUCAUUCAGUACAUUUCCAAGUCCGCUGACGCCGAAGACACGGAAAAUGGAAGAAACAUCAGCAAACUGGAGAGUCUGGGAUGCAGAGUUGGCCAAGGACUGAUAGAGAAAUUAACUAAAGAUUCUCCACGGUUCAAGGAUGAACUAGACAUCAUGAAGUUCAUAUGUAAAGACUUCUGGAUUUGUGUGUUCAAGAAGCAAAUUGACAACCUUCGAACGAAUCACCAGGGUGUUUACGUUCUGCAGGACAACAACUUCAGAUUUCUGAGUAAUCUGUCAGCUGGAAAACAGUUUCUGGAUCACGCUCCAAAGUAUUUGGCUUUCAGCUGUGGCCUUGUGAGAGGAGCUCUGUCCAACCUGGGGGUCCGUAGUAUUGUGACAGCUGAGGUCUCUGUCAUGCCUUCAUGUAAAUUUCAGGUUCUGGUCCAGAAGGUGUAAGAACCAGAAUCAGGAACAAACGUCUUGUCUUCAUGGAUCCUCAGGUUUUCAUCAAAAGGAGACAUCUUUCACUGUAAACAACACAAGUURUUAUUUGAACACUUUAAAAUAGUUGAACAAAUCUAAACAUUCAUCAGUCAGAACAAUUUAUGUCUUUUAGUUAAAUAACUUUGUUUUUGCUGCUGAGAAACUUACUUUUCUAAUAAAAGGGUGAAAAUUUUUUGAACAAUUUUUUGAAAAAUUUUCUGUAAAAACAUGA